UUUCCAGAAUUGACCAAACAAUCAAACAACAAAAAACGUUUUGCGAGAAAAAAAGUAUUUACCGAGCCUUGUUCCAAAAUGAAGAUCGAAGAAGUCAAAAGUACAGUGAAAACGCAACGAAUUGCCGCUCACAGUCACGUCAAAGGCUUGGGCCUGAACGAGAAUGGCGAAGCUUUGCCUUUAGCCGCCGGUUUAGUUGGACAGACAUCAGCUCGUGAGGCUGCCGGCAUCGUCGUCGAUCUCAUCCGUUCCAAAAAGAUGGCAGGACGUGCUUUGCUCCUCGCAGGUCCUCCCGCCACCGGCAAAACCGCAAUUGCACUCGCAAUCGCUCAAGAGCUGGGCAACAAAGUUCCCUUUUGCCCGAUGGUCGGUUCCGAAGUUUUCAGCUCGGAAAUCAAGAAAACCGAGGUUUUGAUGGAAAAUUUCCGCCGUUCCAUCGGUUUGCGGAUUCGCGAGACAAAGGAAGUCUACGAAGGUGAAGUUACGGAAUUGACGCCAAUUGAGACGGAAAAUCCGAUGGGCGGUUAUGGGAAAACUGUGAGCAACGUCGUGAUCGGCUUGAAGACGGCAAAGGGCACGAAACAGCUGAAACUCGAUCCGAGCAUUUAUGAGUCGUUGCAGAAGGAAAAAGUCGAAGUAGGCGAUGUGAUUUACAUCGAAGCCAAUAGCGGGGCGGUUAAAAGACAAGGACGCAGUGAUACUUUUGCCACGGAAUUCGACUUGGAAACGGAGGAAUAUGUCCCUUUGCCCAAAGGAGACGUUCACAAAAAGAAGGAAGUUGUCCAAGAUGUCACGUUACACGAUCUCGAUUGUGCCAAUGCGCGUCCCCAGGGCGGACAAGACGUUCUUUCGAUGGUCGGGCAAAUCAUGAAGCCCAAAAAAACCGAAAUCACGGACAAACUUCGCAUGGAAAUCAACAAAGUCGUUAAUCGGUACAUCGAUCAAGGUAUUGCGGAACUCGUGCCCGGCGUUUUGUUCAUCGACGAAGUUCACAUGCUCGAUCUCGAGACUUUUACGUACUUGCACAAGUCUCUGGAGUCGACAAUCGCUCCCAUUGUCAUUUUUGCGACAAAUCGCGGCAAAUGCACAAUCCGCGGCACCGACGACAUUGUUUCGCCGCACGGAAUUCCGCUCGAUUUGCUCGAUCGCUUGCUCAUUAUUCACACGAAGCCCUAUUCGAAGCAGGAAAUUGAGCAAAUUAUCAAGUUGCGCGCUCAAACUGAAGGACUUGCCAUUGAAGACUCGGCUAUGGCGUGUUUGAGUAAAGUUGGGUCCGAGACAACACUGCGAUAUGCUAUUCAAUUGUUGACACCAGCAUUCCAGACGUGCAAGGCAAAUGGCAGGACUCAUAUUACGAAGGAGGAUAUUGAGGACAUGAAUAAGUUGUUCUUGGAUGCCAAACGGUCCGUUACCUUCUUGUCGGCGAAGAAUAAUAAGUUUAUGAUGUAAUUUUUUCCGGAGUGUGUGAACGAAAUUUGAUUUAUAAGUGUGAAGAAACUAAAUAAAAAUUCCUUAAA